GCGUGUGGUGCGAGGCUGUUGAGCGUCCGGCCUAGCUUGCAUCGGCUGAAAGCACUGGACCCAUUGGGAGGUAUUGAUAGCACUUCACAGGGAAGGGGCGAGUAGAGAAAGGGGGAGAGGUAGCAACACCGGCCUUUAUUCUGACUCGGAAAGGUGAAAUCUGGGGCCAAAACAAAGACGAUUGAACUUGAAACGGAAAGGCGGAUUCAGCUUGCAAGAGAUGGCGGAGGUUAGCGAGGUUUUGAAUUCGGUUCUGUCCACAAUUCGGGUUCCGAGGCCCGGGGACCGUGUCCACAAAGACGAAUGCGCCUUGUCAUUUGCCUCUCCGGAAAGUGAAGGUGGACUAUACGUCUGUAUGAAUAGCUUUUUGGGAUUCGGCAGCCAGUAUGUGGACCGACAUCACAAAAGGACUGGGCAGAGAGCUUACCUUCAUAUUACUCGGAUCCGCAAAACACAGAAGGAAGAUGAGAACAAUUCUGGCUCAGGUGACCCUCCUAAGAAGAAGCCCACCAGAUUGGCCAUAGGUAUAGAGGGGGGCUUUGACGUGGAACAGGACCAGUACGAGGAGGAGGUGAAGGUGGUCUUGUUCCCGGAUAGACAGGAAGUAACCUCAGACGAUCUGACAUCCAUGCCUGAUGUUGUGAGAGAGCGGGUGUCUCUGUCCAUGGCUGGGGUGAUGGCAGCAGACUCGGUGUCCCAUGCCCUGCAGGUGCAGCAGUGGGAUGGGGAGCUGCGGCAGGAGUCCCGGCAUGCCGCUGAGCUCAAGCAGCUUGACAACGGUCUCAAGAUCCCACCAAGUGGGUGGAAGUGUGAGGUUUGUGACCUGCAGGAGAAUAUCUGGAUGAAUCUGACAGAUGGGAAAAUCAUGUGUGGGAGGAGGUAUUUUGAUGGCUCUGGGGGCAACAACCACGCCCUCCAGCACUUCCAGCAGACAGGCUACCCCCUAGCAGUCAAACUGGGCACAAUCACUCCAGAUGGGGCAGAUGUGUACUCAUAUGAUGAGGAUGACAUGGUUUUGGACGCCAAACUCCCAGAGCACUUGGCUCACUUUGGCAUCGACAUGAUGACCAUGGAAAAGACGGAGCGGACGAUGACCGAGCUGGAGAUAGCGGUGAACCAGCGCGUUGGGGAGUGGGAGGUGAUCCAGGAGUCGGGCGCCACGCUGCGGCCUCUCUGGGGACCCGGGCUCACUGGGAUGAAGAACUUGGGGAACAGCUGCUACCUCAACUCUGUCAUGCAAGUGCUCUUCACCGUGCCGGACUUCCAGACCAAGUACGUCUCCGGCAUCGACAAGAUUCUUGAUGAGGCGCCAAGUGACCCCACCCAGGACUUCAAAACCCAAGUAGCCAAACUGGGUUAUGGUCUCCUCUCUGGAGAACACUCUAAACCCGCCCCAGACCCCAGCGAGGACUCCAGCACUUCUUCAGAGCCCCGGGGCGACCAGGUCGGUAUAGCAGCGCGGAUGUUCAAAGCACUUGUAGGGAGGGGCCACCCAGAGUUCUCCACCAACAGACAACAGGAUGCUCAGGAGUUCCUGCUGUACUUCAUAAACAUGGUCGAGAGGAAUUGUCGUUCAGGCAUGAAUCCUUCCGAGGCCUUCCGCUUCCUGGUAGAGGAGAGGAUCGUGUGUCAGCAGUCUCAGAAAGCCAAAUACACACAGAGGGUAGACUACAUCGUUCAGUUGCCCGUGCCCAUGGACCAGGCCACCAACACAGAGGAGCUCCAGGAGGCCGAGCGACUGCGCGAGGAGGCCGAGUCCUCGGGAGCACCUCCCCCUCCAGUGCUGCGGGCCUGCAUCCCCUUCUCUGCCUGCCUGGCCGCCUGGAGCGAACCAGAGACCCUCACCGACUUCUGGAGCUCCGCUGUGCAGGCCAAGACCACAGCCACCAAGACCACCCGAUUUGCAUCGUAUCCAGACCACCUUGUCAUUCAGAUCAAGAAGUUCACUUUUGGUCUGGACUGGGUUCCUAAGAAACUUGACGUGAGCAUCGAUGUUCCCGACACGCUGGAUCUGAGCGCGCUCCGUGGGACCGGCCAGCAGCCAGGGGAGGAGCUUCUGCCAGAGGUGGCCCCACCCCCUCUCAUGACCCCUGAUGUGGAGGUCAAAGGUAUCCUGGGUUCCCACGGCAACGAGGAGGACGACUCUCUCUACUCCCCACUGCUGUCCCCUGUGCUGGACGACUCCACCGUGUCGCAGCUGUGUGAGAUGGGCUUCCCUCUGGAGGCCUGCAGGAAGGCCGUCUACUACACCGGCAACACCGGCGCCGACGCCGCCAUGAACUGGGUCAUGGGCCACAUGGACGACCCAGAUUUCUCCGCCCCCCUGGUGUUGCCAGGAUGCAGCUCCGCCCCCGGCACCACACCCACGGAAAGCGUGUCAGAGGAGCAUCUGGCAACCAUCGUCUCUAUGGGAUUCAGCCGUGAGCAGGCAACAAAAGCACUUAGGGCCACGAGUAAUGUUUUGGAGAGAGCAGUGGAUUGGAUCUUCUCCCACCUGGAUGACCUGGAGUCCAUGGAGGUGUCCGAGGGCGGACGCUCCGCAGGGGACAGUGAGGGCAGCAGGGAGCCGCCCCCAGGCCCCCGUGUGCGGGACGGACCAGGAAAGUAUGAGCUGUUUGCCUUCAUCAGCCACAUGGGCACAAGCACAAUGUGUGGCCAUUACGUCUGCCACAUCAAGAAGGACCAACAAUGGGUUAUUUUCAAUGAUCAGAAAGUGUGUGCCUCAGAGAAGCCACCCAAGGACCUGGGCUACUUGUACUUCUACAGGAGAGUGGCCGAGUAGAAGCCACAGGACAGCGGCAGCACUCCCUCUCCUCCUCCCCUGAUUGGAUAGUGGCUAAUGUGAUGUCAUCGCUUCUGUAGCCAAGCACCACCUUUUUGCUCUUCCCUACCUGUUCCUAAACGAGUUUCCAAUGAACUGUUUGACAUGAGAGGAAAACAAAAUCAAUAAAAAUGCAAAAAAGUGAAAUGUUAUAUAUGGAAAAAUAUGGAGAAAAAAAAAAUAAUAAAAAUAAAACCAAACCAAAACCAAACUGGUUGUCCUUUCAGUUGUGGUGAGGGGUGUUUUUUUUAUUUGAAAACAAAUUCCUUGUGUUCUUUAUGCUCUGAAAAAUAAAAUUGUCUUUUUGUCUCUUCUGA